AAUAAUAAUAAUUACAACGCCGGCCCAUAGGGCCUGGCAUGGAUUAACGGGGCAAGGUGACUAGGGCGAGAGGGCCCGCCCCCCUCACGCUGACGCCUCACCACGAAAGAGUCACAACCUCCGAAACUACAACCUCCAAGUCCUAGGCCGCUCUUCAAAGUCCACUACAUCCGAGCCUGCACACCUAGCAUAUCGAGCUAGGGAAACGCCGCGUUAUAGUAGUGGAGCACUGCCAGUUCGUGCAAACCGAGGAGCCAUGGCGCUCCUCCUCGAGCCUUGGAUCUUGAGCCUUGUCUUGAACCUUGGACCUCACCACUAAAUCGGACUUCUGCACCACGACCUUUCUAGGUUGCAGCGGGCAUAGGCCCGCAAUUGCCACUAAGGACAAUUACCUAUCGUUCGUGGGAUCACCAAUCGGUUUCGCACCAAUCUUUCGCCUUUUGCAUAAUUGGGCUUUUAUCCGGAUUCGUACCCGGGUCCUUCUGCCGUAAGGACGAGUCAAAUCGCUAACUGAGUUAGCGAUCCGGUGAUGCAUGCAUUCAAACCAUCAUUUGUGUAUGCAUUCGGUGUGCAGUCUGAAUGCAUUUAUGCCGACGCCAGACGAUUGCAAUGACCGUCCGACGCAUUUAGAGUGCAUUUGCGCCGACGCACGAACACUUUUAUUGCCCGUCCGAUCACCCGCAGAUCGUCCACGAUGCGGCGGCGGUGGCUGGGCUCAAGUGUGACAUGAAGUUCUUCGAGCCACAGGCCGCGGCGAUGCGCGCGAUGGUUGAGGAGAACAAGUGGGUCCUGGUCCUGGACCUCGGUGGCGGCACGUUCGACAUUGCUCUCAUCAAGCAGGUCGGCGUGGACGACGGCGCCACCAUCACAACCGCCGCCAAUGGCGGGGACCCCGACUUCGGCGGCUGUCAGUUCACAACGGCGCUGGCCGCUUACAUUCGCUCGCGGGGGAUCUGGUCGGAUACGCACGCAGUGGACCCGGUGGCGCUGACGCGGCUGGCGGAGGCUGUCCAGGUCCACCUGUCGGAGGCGGAGGAGGUGGUGGUGGACGAGGCGUUCCUGAACUCCAGCAUGGGGAGCGCCGCCCCGCCGCGCGACACGAUCACCCCUCUGACCGUCAUCAGCCGCGCUCAGGUGGCGGCGGGGCCAUGGAAGUCGUUGAUCGAAGCCUUCGUGGAGAAGACGAAGCUGUCGGUAACCGAGAUGAUGGAGUCCGCCGGCUUCGCGCCGGCUGGCUCUGACUGGUCUAGCACCUUGCCGAAGUUCCAGAAGAAGGUGUCCAGUGUGGUUCUCGCCGGUGGCGGCGCCAACCUCUUCCCCCUCGCCCCGGCCAUCCACACCCUGCUGGGCCGCCAGCCCACCGUCCCCCCGCAGCCGCACCAGGCGAUUGCUGCUGGGGCGGCGAUGGCCGCAGCCAGCUCGGUGGUCCGGGGGCUGGAGGUCGUGUCCACGGGGAUGGGCGGCGUGGUGCCGCACAACAUCGGCAUCGAGGCGGUCCUCGUCAAGGCGGGGGCCAGCCUGGCGGCCUCCGGCACCUUCGACGCGACCAACGCACAAGACAAGGACACGCUGACGCUGCGGGUGCUGGAGGGGGAGGCUCUGGUCUCCCGGUCGUCGGGCGCCGACCCCUACCAGAACGGCGUGCGGCAGAUCGGAGGGCUGCGGGUCCCCAUGGUCGGAAAGCUGCGGCCCGGAGCACCUCCUCGGCCCGCGCCGCCCGUACCUGCCACUAGGUUCGCCUGCGCCGCUGACGCACUGGCGUAUCCAGUGUCACUGGCGGCCGGCGCCUUCCCGCCCUCCGCACACCUGCACCUGCGCACCCCAUCACCUGCGGCUCUGGCGCUGCACACGCCCCAGCCCCACGGCCCCGCCGACGAGCGCUGCUGCAGGACAGGGCUUCGAGAGGCCGCAGAGGUUCCUCGGUGGGCCGCAUGCAACCAGGAGGUGGAUGCGCCGGCGCCGCUCGACAGCCACAUCAAGAUCACCAUUGUCCGAGAUGAGGCCAAGACUGUUCCGCGCAACAUGCUCAUCCUGACGCAAGUGGCUCAGCGCCUGCAAGAGCACGGCGUGGCCAUCAGCGACAAGACUCUGGCCCGGCGCCUGGCGCUGCUGCCCAAGGUGCUGCAGCUGACCGUCACCGACCCCAUGUUGCUGGGCAGGCUCAAGGGCCUCGGGGCAGUCAAGGCAAAUGCUGUGCGUGCCAAGCUGGCUAGCUGCUUUGCCAUUUCACGGGCUCUGGCGGGCUUCAGUAGUUUGAAAGGGGUUGCGGGCGUCCUUCAGACGCUUGCAGCCACGAAGCCCGCCGUCCUGGCGGUGCUGGUCAUCCGCUUCGUCGAUUACAUGGUGCGGCGCUGGGGGGUGGGCCACAUGUUUACGGAGCUCACGCGCAUCGGACGUGCUGUCAACUUCCUGCGGGACCGGGACGCCGCCCAGCAGCCUGAUGGCGGGGAACGCGAGGUGGAGUGGUGCAACCGUAUGCGGGCAUGGCUGCUGACAGUGCAGCGCCAGCUGCGCGCCAAUUACCCGUCAGCUGCUACUUUACGCCAGCAGCAGCAGCGGGAGAGGGAGGACCCCGCAGAGCCCAAACCGGACCCCAUCGCGUCCCUACCGGACAAGUCGGUAGUGCUGCAGUUCUCCAACAAUCUGCGGCAGCGGGCGAUGGAAGCGCUGCGGGCGGACAAGUCGGCGGCCAACCGGGCUGCUGGCGAGAAGCCCGUACUUCGGCACAGCACAGCGGUGCUCAUGCACGACUCGCUGCUGACCAACCUCAUGUCGGGCGUGCGGUGUGUGUGCUGCCGGCAAGUACCAAAUAUAAAACUCUCUAUUGACUCUCCACACUACGAGAGCACCGACAAGUUCAACAUUUGAGCGAGACGUGCCGAACGCGGGGACCUUCCCCAAAAUGGUCACAAUGCUGGUUCUUAUCACCUAUGUGAUGCUAAUCUUGGGAGUACUCGUCCGGACGAGCCACUGGCCGGAGGAGGUCCGACCCUUCCAUACCCCUGAAGUGCUACAAGCUCUCGCAGGCCUUUUGGCCCGAUCUUGGACGCCGUCUCUGACAUCAGGGGGUCCAGAGGAAGUGGCGACCACGGCUAUGCACCG